CUGGAUUGGAUUCCUCCCGUGCAGCAGCCGGGGCUACUGUGAGAGCGUGCAUGCAUUAGGCACUGCGCUGCGAUGCACUGCACUGCACUGCACUGUAGGAAUAGGUAGGUACUCCGUUGGCGCUUUCCAUCAGCCACUCUGGUCGUCUCAGCUUCUUCUUCGCCUCCUGUGGUAGGGGCCCUUACGCUCAGUCGGGUCAGGUAACCAGCCAGGGUUUUGUCCUCCUCCUUCAAAUCCUCGGCUGCCUUUCUUCGAUCUCGUCAGGCCAGCUCCGCCGAGUCCUUACUUCAUAAUCGUCCGGUUGCCCCAUCCGUGGAACGCUCCUCCUUCAACUCGCAAACAAUUCCUCGGCACCCUCUGGCGACUGCCAAGGUUAGUGGUGGCCUGGCGGCAACGACACCGACUACCAGAGCCGCUCGGCGCCUGCGCUCGUCGACCGACAACCUCGCAUUCGCCGGUCGGCCUGGCUAGAACCCUGUACUCUGCUCUGCACGAAGCCGCUCUCCUCGUGCUACGCCUUUCUUGUUUGUACACACCUUGUAGCUCUCGCCGGUCGCCAGGCCUCUGGCGCGCGGCUGCGCUCCUGCACCGCCAGUUCGUCCCGCGGGGUAGCCUUGAUCCCGGUGGAAGGGAUCAAGACGAAGCGGCCAUGAGCUCACGUCCCAAGAGGGAUGGCCCUCCGUCACCGGGCGCCAAGACCAAAUCAACCCAAACGACCAAGGCUGUCGACAGCCAAAGGAGUAUUGAAGCAGCUGCAGAGGAAGGUGUCAUCAGAGUCUCCAGGACUGAACUGCUCGAGCAGCGGGCCAAGAAGCUCGCGGAGCGUUACGGCCUCGAAUUCAGACUCUGGGACUGGAUGACGGGCGCAGAAGACGACACGGUCCUACGCGUAGACAAGCCAAUACGCAUCCGCGUCCGCAGAACGUGCCAUUUGUGCGACACGACCUUCACCGCGUCCGAAGAGUGCUCUGGCUGCCAGCACGUUCGCUGCGCCGAAUGCCCACGCUUCCCGCCAAAGCGAACCGAGGCCGAGAAGGCUGCCAAUCGAGAACGAAAAGACGCAGUCGGUAGGGAGCACAGGGACAACCCACGAAUCGUUGCCGACUUGUAUUACGACGGCGGCCAUGUCGUUCUCAAGCGUCCGAGCAGGACUGGUGGGCAAGAUCUCAUUCACCGGAAGCCACGGCAGCGCGUCAGAAGGACGUGCCACGAAUGCCAGACGUUGUUCAUGCCUGCCAGCAAGAAAUGCGAGGGCUGCGGGCACAUGCGGUGCACUGAUUGCCCCAGAGAUCCACCGAAGAAGGACAAGUACCCCUUUGGCUAUCCCGGCGAUGCAUUUGGUCCCAACAGCAUUCCCCGUUACGAAUGCCAGCGUUGCGAGACGUUGUUCCCGGAGGAUGUCUACAAUGGCGUCAAGUGCGCCAAAUGUGGUACUCCAAUGUCUGGCGAAUCGCCCAGGGCACUGCCACGCAAGAUUGAGCCAGAGCCAGACCCUGGUGUUCUGAAGAUGCUGCAAGCGCGGUUAGACAGCCUGAAGGUCUCUUAAACACGAUAUCUUGACGCUACCCUACCACAAUGGGUAUGAGAGGCGUGCGGCUUCUAGACUUGCCGGAGUGUUUCUUACUUUGUGGAUCCGCAAACGUCACGCGAUGAGGGUGUAAUACAAGCUGGGAUGACUUAUCGGCAUUUCCGCCUUUCGAAGCAUCAUGGGAGGUCAUGAAACGGCUGUUUUGUGUGGUAGGUCGAAGCCACUUUGUAAUGGGGGGGGGGUUGGAUUGGAGGAGGAUAUUCAUGAAAGCAACGACGAUAAUGACAACGACGAAAACGACAGCGCAGGACGAGUAGCGAACACAUGCAUUUCAGCCUUGCUUAGGAGAGCAGCUGGCGUUUUUGACGUGGCGUAGGAUCUCGGGAGCCCGUGCAGCUUGGACACGAACGCCGAGGGUGUGCACUUUAUUCACGGAGGAGGUGGAAGACUUGUGCAACUGGCAGGCCUGCACUAUUUGAACAUACUGCAUAGCAGAGCGGUGCAAUAUAAUGGAGGUAUAGUGGCUGAUGUACGCAUUGGGUAUUCAGACGGAGAAUCAACCCUCUAAUAAAG